CCUCUGAGAAAUGCUGUGCUGAAAGAUCGCACAGCAGCCGUGCAGUACUUGCUCGACGAAGGGGCUGACGUCAACGUGAGAGCUGUCGAAGCAUACACCCUGCUCCACUUGGCUGCAUUUAAUGCCAACAGCGAGAUCAUGGGCCUUUUGCUCGCGGCCGGCGCGGACGUGCACGCGACUGCCGAAAAUGGGAAAACUCCCCUGUACGUUUUGCCCACGGGUUCCCAUUUGCUUCGUAGGAAUCGGAAGCAAUGCGCGGAGCUACUCCUAUCGCGCGGGGCGCGCAUCGACGAUGCAAACAGAAAUAAUUCAUGGACGCCCCUGAAGUGUGCAAUUUAUUUCGGGCGCCGCGAGGUGAUCAAGAUCUUUCUCCGCGCCGGCGCG